AUGGGGGGCAAGAAAGAAAACAAGGCCGCUUACUUCGGCAAGCUCGAGACGCUCCUCAAGGAGUACCAGAGCAUCUUCAUCGUCACUGUCGAUAAUGUCUCGUCGCAGCAGAUGCACGAGAUCCGCCAGUCGCUCCGCGGCGAGGGUGUCGUCCUCAUGGGCAAGAACACCAUGGUCCGCCGUGCUUUGAAGGGCCUCAUCAACGACUCGCCCGAGUACGAGCGCUUGCUUCCCCACGUCAAGGGCAACGUCGGCUUCGUCUUCACCAACGCCGACCUCAAGGAGACCCGUGACAAGAUUCUCUCCAACCGUGUCGCUGCCCCUGCUCGUGCUGGUGCCCUCGCCCCCCUCGAUGUGUUCAUCCCGGCUGGUAACACUGGUAUGGAACCCGGAAAGACGUCCUUCUUUCAGGCUCUCGGUGUCCCCACCAAAAUUGCCCGUGGUACUAUCGAAAUUACUGCCGACUUGAAGCUCAUCGAGGCCGGUAGCAAGGUCGGUGCCUCCGAGGCUACCCUUCUCAAUCUGUUGAACAUCUCUCCCUUCACCUACGGUAUGGGUAUCUAUCAGAUCUACGACAACGGCCAAACAUUUGAGCCCCACGUCUUGGAUAUCGAGGAGUCUCAGCUCCUCAAGGCUUUCUCGUCGGCCAUCGCCACCAUCGCCAGCAUCUCCCUGGCGACCAACUUCCCGACUCUGCCUUCCGUUAUGCACUCUGUUGUCAACUCUUACAAGAAGGUUCUCUCUGUUGCCAUUGAGACCGACUACGAGUGGGAGGAGAUUGCUGAGCUCAAGGACCGCAUUGCGAACCCAGACAAGUACGCUUCCGCUGGCCCUGCCGCCGGUGCCGCUACCAGCGGUGGCGACGCUCCUGCUGCGAAAGAGGCGGAGAAGGAGGAGGAGAAGGAGGAGUCCGAGGAUGAUGACAUGGGCUUCGGUCUGUUCGAUUAA